UAAUGUGAUAUACGACAUCGAGAAGAAAAUAAUAUAAAAGAGAAGGGAAAUGGGCAGCUGCUAUCCAGCUGCAACCAUAUGAUGUCGUACAGAGAGGGGCAGGUUGUUGAAUGAAACGGAAAAAAGGAAGAAAAAAAAAGUCGAAGGGAAAAUGGGUGCGUCUCGAGCUUCUCUCGCGUCCCGUAGAAACAUCACUUGUGCGAGAAAAAAAGUCCCCACCGAUAACGAUGAUAGAUAAUCACCAGCUUGAUAACCCCGCGGUCUCGAUGGGGUGUCUUGCGACUAUUCAAGAACAAACACAAUGUCGACGAAAUUCCCUGAGGUCCAGGGAGGGGGCUCCCUGAUCCUUGCCUGGCAGAUCAGAGACAAACAUGUGCUGGUCGUUGGUGGCGGAGAGGUCGCUGCUGGUCGUAUCCUCAAUGUUCUCAAUGCCGAUGCGAAGGUUACUGUCGUCUGUCCUGCUGCCGGGCUGAACGAAGAGGUGGCGUACCGUGUUUCACAGAAACAAGUCAUACACGUUGAUCGGACUUUCGAGCCUCAAGAUCUCGAGGGGGUCGAUAUGGUCCUCUGUGCAAUUGACGACCCUGCUGCAUCGACCCGUGUCUGGCAACUCUGCAAGGAAAAGAAAAUUCCCGCAAACAUUGCCGAUGUGCCCCCGGAAUGUGAUUUCUACUUUGGCAGCAUGUAUCGUGACGGUCCGCUGCAGGUGAUGGUGAGCACAAAUGGGAAUGGACCGAAGCUGGCCAGUAUCGUGCGCAAGAAAAUCGCAGAAACUCUGCCGGAUAAUAUGGGAACGGCUAUCGAGAACACGGGCAAGCUACGCCGGAAGUUAAGGCAUGUAGCCCCGAAUAUUGAGGAAGGGCCAAAGCGGAUGAAAUGGAUGUCGGGGAUUUGCGAGUCAUGGAGUCUGGAAGAACUGGUCAAGAUGGAUGAGCAGGACAUGGACAAUGUGCUCACUUAUUACGCCUCAGGAAAGGUUCCAACGUAUGCUGAGGUUCAAGUUAAGCGUGAUGUACAAUCAUAGGACAAGUUCCAGUAUUCAUUACCAUGCUCUGGCAUUUGAUACAAUAAGUAUAAGGGAAUAUAUAGUCACAGAGCAUAAUCGUAGUGAGGGUACCCGGUACAGUGAAAGCAUCUAAAUAUAUAACUUCAACUUAGCCGAGUAUCAAAAUAGAGUCAGGU